CCGGAGCAGGCGUGGGAGCCCGGCCGCGACGGUACGCGGCCGUGUAGUCGCAAUGCAGGGCCCGUUCGACACACCCCGCGCAAGGGAUCGUGCCGCUGCACUUGAGCUUCUUGGCCUUGCAGUAGUCACAGGCGCGCCGGGACUUUGGCUUCUUUGCCGGGCCACCCCCGUCCCCCGCGAACGGCAGAGACCGCUUGCGCUGCGAGGCGCUGGAGACGGUGGUACUGGCUGGGGAGGCCUGGGAAGGCGAGUGCUGGGGCUCCGAUGCCGGGGUUGCGCCGUCGUUGUGCGUCGAGGGCGAGACGUGAUGAGGCGCCAUGGCGUGCCUGCAGCACACGCGGCAUGAGGCGCUUCACUUCCGGGCGGGACGUCGGCGUGUGAGGAUGGCGUGGAUCAUGGCACACCCGGGAUGUGCGGCCUUGGUGGAUGGUGAUAGGAGACACGACAAGGAGGAGAGGGCCACGUCCGCAG